AUGGCAUUUAUACACACGAGCAAUUUGCCCGUACGAAAGACUCGUGGACCUUUACGUGCUUUGCAUAACAACAAUAUCGCACCCGAUCUGGAUGUAUCCACCACUCCCAAGCACAAUAAAGAUUCCGAUCAUGUGGAUUCCAUCAAAGGCGAAACUACUCACACAUCCGGAGCAGUCUGGACUCCAGUUCAGCGAGCUACGCAACAAAAAUCGCUCGACCGUCGACGUUCUCUGCAAAACACUUUCCCACUACCAUUACGCACUUCCAGCUGCCGCGCAAGCAAGUCUUCAAAGGCAACGAGUAUGCAUUCUACUAGUGAUAUACGAAAUCACUUUCGUGUCCGAGGUGUUUCUUUUCUGAAUAGUGCGAUUAAAUCUUCGCUCAGUGAGGACGAUAAUGCCGGUGAAUCUAGCUCCGGGACUUCAAAUCAGCUGACCGAUUCCAGUUGCUUCUCCAUCGCAUCCACUGGCUACGUAUCUGCCAAGCGUCGUGGAAGUGAUGGAUUGGAUGCAUCACUUUCAGCCGCUAAACAACCGCGCCAUUCAAAUUCGACCAUCGAUAGCGCAGAAAUCAGACCUGUACACACAACAAUGGGUGCUUUUGUGAAAGCGCAUCCGCGUUACUAUCGGCGACGAAGCAGUGCAGAUCCGGUGGAACAACAAACCCAUUCUGUUUCAAUGUACCGUCGAUUAUCUCCCAUUUGUCCUGUCCCUAUGCCAUCGGGCUUUCCUUCAUUGUUGCCAACUACAUACACGGCCGUGUCCCUGCCUUGGGAACUCGGUCGAGCUCCGGCUCAGAAAAGGACAGUGGAAACUCAAACCACCCCACCCUCAUCCACCGGUACACCUUGUUCAACCGAAGAAACACAUCCCAAGUCUCUCCGUCCGAGUUUUGGUUCCUCUCAAGUAAUGAGCAGCCUACGUCGGACUUUCGGUAACCUACGUCGGGCGAUAAGUGCAGAACGUCUUCAUCGAUCUUCUCGCGGGAGCUUGAAUAAAUCGCAUCCUGAGUUGUUGACCAAAGCAACCGAUUCCCCCAGUAUGCUUUGCAAAAGUGCAAAUCUGUCUAUCCAUGGGAAGCUUAAGUUCCGACGAGUGGGAUCGAGGAAGAUGCAUCUAUCACGACGACCUCAUCAACAGUCCACUAAUUCCGUGUUUCAAAAAUCAGAGGACUAUAAGCACUCAGCUCCGUGCCGACUGGAUUGUGCUUCACUUAUCGACAGAGACCCAGCUCCUUCCCAAGUGGGUUUAGCCUCCCUUACCGGUAGAGGUUCUCCUCUGGAAGAUACAACCGAUGGUUUAACCUACCACGUACUGAGCACGUAUCCGGAUGGGUCCAUUCGUUUGCAACUGCGUCGCGCCAGUGCCAAAAAUCAGUUUGGCUUUUUCAUUGCACGCGAUACACAAGGUGUCUUCAUCAGUCGUCUAGGAAGCGUGCGUUGUACAGUGAAACUGUGGGAUGUAUUGCACGUUGGCGAUCGUCUUUUGGAAGUUCAAGGUGUUCCGUGCUCGAAACUGGAGGUGGAAGAUGUGCAGAAUUUGAUUCGCGGUUGCGAACUGGUCGAAUUUCUAACUGGUAUUAUUAAUGCAACCAACAACCGCUGUUCCUGCUACCACUACCACUACUUCUACUACCACCACUUCUACUACUACUUCUACUACUACUACUACUACUACUACUACUACUACUACUACUACUACUACUACUACUACUACUACUACUACUACUACUACUACUACUACUACUACUACUACUACUACUACUACUACUACUAUUACUACUCAAUCAGUUGA